UCGCAGAAACAGGACAUGAGACUGAUAUUGCUGGUUGCCUUGACAGCGUUGGUACCCACGUGCUACGACGCAACUGUAAUUCUUCCGCCUAGGCCCAAUGGGUGUACAAAGGAUGGACGCUUCUUUCCAUGUGGAAAUUUCGUUGACCCCAGCGAUAAGUGUAAUACUUGCGAAUGCUCUGUUGGUGGUAAUUACAAGUGCUCCAAGAGGGUCUGCCCAGCAGUGAACUGUGGCAAGAACCUGCAGACGUCUGACGGCUGCUGCCGCACGUGCGCACCCAUAUGUGCCUUCGCCCUGUGCCCCCCGCUGAACUGUCCCGCAAACCAGAGGAGAUUCAGAUCUGAUUCCUGCUGUGCUGAAUGCUCCGGAAAUAAAAAAGAAGAAGACAGCAGCGAUAGUAGCGACCACCACACAAGCUCUGAUAAUAAACCUCGUCGUGGUCUUGUAAAUGCAAACAAGGGAGGCAGAGGAUCAUUUGGGUCUAAAACCAGCGAUAAUAAUUCAUCGAAAACCAGCAAAGGUGGGCAUGGACCAAAUCGUGGUCGAGGGACAUUUGGUAAAAAUGGAAGAAACCGUGGCCAGGGAGUUAAUAAAGGUCAAGAUCCAUUCGGCCUGAAGACGAGCGAUCACCACACAUCGAAAUCCAGCAGGGGUAGAAAUGGUGCUAACCGUGGCCGCGGACCAUUCGGGUCUAAGACUAGCGAUCACCAUACCUCGAAAUCCAGCAAAGGUAGAAAUGGUGUUAAUCGUGGCCGCGGACCAUUCGGUUCUAAGAACAGCGAUCACCAUACCUCGAAAUCCGGCAAAGGUGGAUUUUGGCCCAACGACAAAGAUACAAAUGCCUAUUAGAUACGGGAUGGAUGUCACCAAUAUGUGUAUUGAAUUAUGACAGAGAAUUUUCUUUUUUUGCAAUACUGCGAAUAAAGAAAAGUGAACAAACCCGAUCAGUUGUCCAUGUGCAAUUCUCUUUCUGAGUUAGUUUUAUACAUAAACACAUGCAUACACAUUUAAAUUGAUUCAACUAGACAGACGUUGCGAUUUCAAAACAAAC